AUGGAUGAAAUUGAAUCGUUUUCUCGAUUGGGAAAUGAUGUUGACAAAAAACAAAUAAGCAGGCAGACAUCUCUUUGCAUCACUCCAAGCAACGAGUUUCCAAUCAUUCAUCUACAUCAAAUUUCAUCAAAUUCACAUGAUUAUCAUUUAGAUUAUCAUAAAAAUAUGGCCGAUGCACUUAACAACACUAUCAGUUCGAAUAGUAGUAGUAGUAGUGAUGAUACGAAUGCUAUUGUUUAUAUAUGUACCCAUGUGGUAAUGCCAUGUUCGGUUGCUGUUGGUAUCAUUGGAAAUCUAUUGUCUAUACUGGUUUUUGCUCGUCGUGAAAUGAUUAAAUUUUGUGUCUCGAUAUUUACUAUUGUUCUCGCGCUCAGUGAUAUUCUUUUGUUAAUAACUUCAUUAUUUAACAUCAUCUUACCGGAGCUUUUCGGUGGUUUAUUGUCAGAUGAAUCGACAUUCUGGUGUCAUUUUCAUGGUUAUUUCGACCUUCUCUUCGCCGCAAUAAGCGGUUAUUCUGUGGUGUUUAUUUCUGUUGAACGAUGGUUUUCCGUUUGGAAGCCAUUCGACAAAGCGAAAUACGUCACUUUCAAAAGUACAUUAAUUACUGUUAUCAGCUACACGUUAAUAUCUAGUUUGAUUUUUGCGUGGUUCCCAUUAAUUCUAAGCUAUAAUCCAACACAAGAGAAUGAUCGAGAACGAUGCAAAUUAGUGCAACCGACAGUAUACAAAAUCUUUGGAACAAUAUCCGUUAUCUUUACUUACAUCGCUCCAUUUAUCUUUCUGGGAAUAUUAAAUAUCCUCAUCGUUUAUCGACUACAUGCACGUCAACAAACAGCAAUUCAGCAUUCAUUAAAAGUGACGAAAGUGGGCCAUCGGACAGGCGCAUCAUCAGCGUCGACAUCGAUGCGCAAACGGCAACAACGACAGCGAAAUACUGAUCGAAACAUCACCUUUAUGUUAAUCACAGUCGCCAUUGCUUUCAUGGUCAUGUCAUUUCCAUUCCAAAUCUAUUGGUUUUAUAUGCAGAUUCGCCAAUUGACAAUCCCUGACCCGACUCUGUUUACAUUAACUCAAACAUUUCGUUACCUAAAUUGUUGUUGCAACGUUUUUCUCUAUUCAGCCACGUCGUCUCUAUUUCGGCGACAAUUACGCGAGAUAUUUCAUUGUUCAAAUACGUCAAAAUUAAAACAAAUUUCAUUGAAGACGACCGUUAAGAACCGAACCCUCCUCCUUCCAGCAGCAGUUGCACAAACCGUGUGUGAUGAAUCAAGGUCGUCUGAUUGUAAAACUUUGCUUACAACAACCACGACAGAUUAUUGCAAGGCCAAAAAUUCGCUUAAUGGACAUACGGUAUCAUUUCAAACUUAG